GUAAAAAUAAUAAUAAACCAAACGGCGUCGUUGUGAACUCCUACACGUUGUUUAGGUUCGUUAGAACACAUGUCCUAUCCAUGACAGCCACCUUUUUGUGAAUAGCCCCGUCAGCGACUGCAAUGGGCCGUAAACCACCCAAAUCCACAGCCGUAGCCCCACCGUUAUUCCGCCGCAUCGCAUCUCUCGACGACAGCAUCUCCCGCUACAUCCACACUUUCACAAGCCCCCUCGCCCCUAAACCCCUCCUACGCUCCCUAGAACACCUCGCCGAUUUCCGUUUAUUUUUCCCCGUAACACUCUCCCUCUUCUUCGCCACUCCCUCUCACUCUCCGCUCCGUCCACACCUCCUCCUCCCUCUCAUCCUCUGUUCCCUCCUCGAUCUCAUCUUCGUAGGUUUCCUCAAGUUCCUAAUCCGCAGACCUCGCCCUUCCUACGCCAUUCACGGCGACUACAGCGCCGUCGUUCCCGUUGAUAAAUUCUCCUUCCCGAGCGGUCACUCCUCCAGAGUAUGUUUCAUCGCCGCAAUCUUUUCACUCUCCCGCGCUCGGAUCGUUGAAGCUGUCGCUGAUCCUAGUCAUCCGCGGCUCGCUUUGCUCGUUCACAGGUGGAUCGAGGGAGACGAAGCUAUGGCAGUUAAUCUGUUGGUUGCUGCAGUUUGGUCUUGGGCUCUGACGACGGUUGUUUCUAGGGUUGUUCUCGGAAGGCAUUAUGUUCUCGAUGUUGGCUUCGGCGCAUGCCUUGGUGUUCUGGAAGCUUUGUUCACCUUACAUUUUCUCAAUUUCACUGUUUUAGUUUGAGGUUCUAAUGGAGCGCAUUGAACUUAUGCUAUUUGAGGGGAUCAAAUCUUUCUAACCAGGAUCCAAUUGAUAAUGAAGACAUGAAUGUUAUAGGACAUUGAGGUCCUGAUUCUCACAAGUAAUUUGUGAACACCUAUAUGACCAACAUCCAGCAAAUACUACUUGGUCUCAAUUCUUUCCUCAUUCAUUAGCUAAAUGGCUCCCUACCUUCAUUGUUGUUUCUUAUUUAUUCCUUGGAAUUUGAAAUUUUUCUUUCCCUAUACUCUCCCCUAUAUGCUUGUAAAUAAUAAAUGUAGACAUGUGAUAUAUAAUCCACGGUAAAGAAGCUCUGUUUUUAAUUUA